GGAAAGAGUAUUUCUAUUUCUCCAAGCUUCGCAACACUUGCGUAUGAGUAGUCGCAGUAUCGACGUCAAUCGAAACACAGAAUCGAACAUGUCGAGGAUGCACAGAGCGUUGAUUGUCUUGUCCAUCAUUGGAUGUGUCGCAUUUCCAUUUGGAAGUGCGUUGAAGUGCUACGUAUGCGUUCCCUCGACGGACAACUCGUGCAAGAGUGUGAAUGCCAGUAUGAGUAAGGAGUGCCCUGCUGUUAAACCAUCGACUACCACUGUGAAACCUACGACCGAAGAAGCUACCACCGAGACAACUACCACCGAGGCAACUACCACCGAGGCAACUACCACCGAGGAAACUACCACCGAGGAAACUACCACCGAGGCAAGUACCACCGAGGACACUACCACCGAGGCAAGUACCACCGAGGACACUACCACCGAGACAAGUACCACCGAGGACACUACCACCGAGACAAGUACCACCGAGGACACUACCACCGAGGCAAGUACCACCGAGGCAAGUACCACCGAGGGAUCAUUUGCAGCUUACUACGCACGGCAGACGAAUCGUAGAAGCCUGAUGGAUCGUUUGUCACCAAUGCAUCCAUUCGCCGACGAAACGAAAGUAUAUUGCUACUCACAAACCAGCAAAGUGACUAGAGGUUGUAGCACAGACGAACACGCGUGCAGCCAAAGUGAUGAUUGCAAGACGUGCACCACAGACGAGUGCAAUUCGGCGACGUCGAACAUUGUGUUCACAUCGAUGAUUAUGUCUUUAGUAAUAGCUUUAAUUAUCGCGAAUUAAGAAUGCUAAUUUAUGUAUUAUGACCGAAGCAUACUGGAGGACCCGAUGACAUUUCAUUAAAAAUAAAAAAACGCCGUACAUCUUUGUCCAUCAUCUCUUUACAGCAAUCGAGAGUGUUAAUAGCAACAAUUGUAUUUAAGAGUGUAACCACCA